AUGCAGAGCCUGCUCCUGAUUGUCACACUGUUUGUCCUGGUGGCUGUCCUACAAGCUCAGGAUGACCUGCCCUUCCUCUCAGAAGAAAAGAAACUCUCGGGUGUCUGGUUCGUGAAGGCUACAGUGAGUGAUAAGAACCUGACAAAUCUGAGACCUCUGGUAGCAUUCCCUAAUAGAGUGUCAUUUCCGGAACAAGGAACUUUGGAGAUCAGGACCACCAUCAUGUCUGAGGGCCAGUGCAUGAAGACAACAAUGCAUAUGCAGAGAACAGAGAAGCCUGAUCAAUACAGCUCCUUUUCCAGCCAUGUGCUUUUCCACAUCUAUGAGCUUCCAGUGAAGGACCACUACAUCAUACACACUGAAAUCCUUAUGUUUGAGAAAAAAUCUGAAGCAGUUGACCUCCUAGGAAAGCAUCUAAAAGAAAACAUAGACGCCCUGGAAGAAUUUAAGAAAUUCAUACAGCACAAAGGACUUCUCCAAGAAAACAUUAUUGUGCCUGAGCAGAGGGGACUCAUGUAUAUCAUGGAAGGGUCAACAAUCUCCAUGGAAGAACUUAAAAAAGAAGUGGAUAUAUUUUACUGA